AUGCAUAGAAUCGAUUGGUUUCAAUUACCUAAACCAUUACCUUCAAAUUUAUUUGAUAAAUAUACUCAUCAAUCAAUUCUACCACCAUUAAUUAGUUUAGAUAUAGAUGAAUUACUAUGGAAUCAAUGUCGUUCAUUUGCAUUAAAUCUUGGUAAAAAAGGUUUUAUUGAUCCUUUAUCAAUUUUAUAUACAUCAUUUAAAUAUUUAUAUCCAAAUUGUUCAUCAAUACGUUCAUUUACACGUUGGUUAAUAUUAUAUGAAAAAGAUAAUGAUGAUUUUAAAAAUUAUUUUAAACAAUAUUCACUGUUUACACCGAAUAUUCAAUCAAUAGGUGAAAUAAUACGUUUAAUAAAAACACUUCAAAUAAAUAAUAAUAAUAAUAUUUCAAAACCUUAUGAAUAUUUUAAACAAAUAUGGUUUUUUUUUUCAAUAUCAAUACGUUUAUCAAUAGCUGAUUGUACAUUAAUUGCUGAUACACUUAUUAUUGAUGAUGGUGUAACACGUUUAUCAUCUAAACAAAAAAAAACUGCAUCAACACGUAUACAUUGUUUAUUUGCAUUAACACCAAGUGGAAAAUUUUCUAAUCAAUUAAUUAUAUGUAAACAAGGAAAAGGUUUAAAAAUGAAUUUUAAUUCAUCAACAUUUACACGUAUUAUACAAACAACAACAGGUGAUAUAACUCAUGAACAUAUACAACAAUGGUUGGAAGAUUUUAUUUCAUCAUCAUAUGGAACAAGUCAAAGUGCUAUUCUUUUUGAUCCGCGAACAACUUUAUUAACACCUGAAUUUGAAAAUUUAUGUCAAAAAUCGAAGAUUGAAUUAAUAACAAUUGAUUUAAAUUAUUAUUUAAUUCAUAUAUUAUCACCAAUUUUUUCAUUAUUUGAUAAACAAUGUGCAGAAGUUAAUCGUUUAGAUAAAAUGUACUUAAAAUCAGCAUAUGAUUUACAACGAAUUAUUCAUACAAUAUGGUAUUCAUUACGAACAUUAAAACAAAAUGAACAAAUAUGUCAAAUUUUUAAACAAACUUUCUUAUGGAAACAUGAUGAUGAAUUAUAUUUACAAUCAUUACGUUCAAUACCACGUUCAUCAUUACCGAAAAAGAAAAAGAAAAAAACUCUCGUUAAAACAGGUAGUAAAGGAAAAUUAUCUUCAUCAACAAUGAUGACUGAUCCACCAAGUGAUUCAACUCCGGAACAAAUCUUAUCAUAUGUUAUUCAACGACAAUUAUCAAUAUUACGUGCAAGUAAAUUUUUAGGUGGUAUGAAAUUAGAUUAUUUAAAAUAUUGUCUUUCAUAUAAAUCAAAUUCAUCGUUAAUGACUGGUUCACGUCUUUUACAAUUAAAUACAUUUAUGCAAUCACAAUCAACUAUUGAUUGGUUACGUCAUCUACGUUCAUUAUAUUAUUGGCCAUGUGCUAAACAAUUAUUUUUACGAGAAAUAUAUCAAUUAACUGGUAUAAUAACACGUAAACGUUCAAUGAAUAUGUGUGGUAAUGGUCAUAUGGGUUCAAUAAGAAGUUGUGAUUUACAAUCACCAGGUAGUUUUUGGCGAGCUUUUGAAGAUAUUCAUCAUAUUCAAUUUGAUAAUGAAUCUAUUAUUGAUCAUGAUAAAUGGCAUAAUGAUUUUCAACAAUAUCUUAUUGAUAAUAAAUUAAAUAAUGAAAAAACUCAAUUAUGGACAGUUGAUACAUUUGAAUUUCCGUUAACUAAAAAAUCAACUGUACUUCAAUUACCCGAAUGGAAUGGAUUACGUCCAAUGAAUUUAACACCAAAAGUAACUGUUAUCUACGCAUUUUCUAAUACUGGUCAAUCAAUUGAACCAUAUUUUAUAUUUCCGAUUUCACUUCGUGAUAAUACAUUAAUAAAUGAAGAAGAUUCAUUUAAUGAAUUAGGUCAUUUAACACCACAAAUAUUUCUUUCAUGGAUUGAAAAUAAUCUUAAUGAAAAAAAUCAUUCACCAAUUGUUCUAGUUUUUUGUUCACGUUUACCUGUUCUAUCAUCAAUGGUAUUAACAUCACUUGAAAAAUAUCAAAUCUAUCCAUAUGGUUAUCCAUAUACACGUACAUUACCAUUUCGUUAUUUAUUUGAACGACGUGUACGUAAUAAUCGUUCAACAAAUUUAAUGAGUGAAUUAUGGAAAAAAAAAUUAUUAGAUGAACAACGUACACAUGUAUUAAAAAGUUUAAAUUGUACAGUUAAAAAUAUAAAAUAUUAUUUUCAACAAAUAUGGUCACAAAUAAUAUAUGAAAAACGUGAUGAUGAUGAGAAUGAUGAACAUAAAACAUAUGAAGAUAAAUGUCAACAAGCAUUUCAACAAGCAAAUAUACAAAUUAAACUUCAUAUGAAUAAUACCCAUAAUAAUAAUAAUAAAAAGAAAAAUACAAUUAAAUUAACACCAAAAAAAAAUUCAAAAAAAAUAAUUCAAUCAUUUAAUCAUUUAUCAACUGAAUUAAAUGAAUCAACAACAAAUAAUGAUGAAAUUGUUGAUCAACUUAAUCAUUUAUUAACUAUUAUUUGUCAAUUUAAAGAACAAAUCACAUCAGCAAAUUUAUCACAAAUUCUUAAAAUGAAAAAUCAUGUUCAACAAACUACCGAUUUUCAAUUAUCAGCAACCCUAAAUGGAACGAUGGAUAAUACAGAGAAUGUUCAUCCGCCUUCGACAUCAUCCGAACCUACUCCUUCCACAAAUUCAAUAAUACCAUCUACAAGUGAUAAACGUUCAAUUGAUGAAAAUGAUCAACCACAUAUAGCAAAACGUCUCCGUUCAUCUUGUUCUCAAGCAAGUAAUAAUGUUAAUACAACAACAACAACAACAACAACAGGUAUUAAAUGGAUUCCACCAUCAAAACAACUUGUUACACAUUUACAAAGUCAAUCAUCAUCAUUAUUUCAGUUUACUUUAUCACUGAUACAUACAAUAUUUACAUCAACCGAUAAUCAUCUUACAGAUGAACAUUCUCGUUGGUUACAUUCAACACUUAAUUUAUAUGAUCAUAACUAUAAUAGUGAGAAAAUAAAUGUCCUUAUUGAAACCGCAUGUAAAGUCGCAAAAAUAAGUCUUGUCAGAUAA